GUUAAACUGAUCGUUCAGUAACGACACAUGUGAAUUGUUUGGCAGGUAAAUAUAACCUUCUCCUUAAGCACAUUGUUACUUAGAGUUGGGAGGCAAGGCUUGCCCUGUUUUGAAUAUAUGGUUAAUUAUUUGGAAAAUCAAAAAUGCAAGUUUCUGACCCAAAUAAUGUCAAGAUUUAUAACCUCACCGCAGGAAAAUCUCUUCCUGAAUGGUUGACAGACAGAAAAAAGAGAGCUUUACUGAAAAAAGACAUAGACCUCCGCAAGAGAAUAGAACUUAUACAAGACUUUGAAAUGCCAGAUGUUAGCAACUGUGUACGUGUAUCCAAAGAUGGGCAUUAUAUUCUCGCUACUGGUAUAUACAAGCCACGAAUUAGAUGCUAUGAAGUUGACAAUCUAUCAAUGAAGUUUGAAAGAUGUAUGGAUGCGGAAGUAGUGACAUUUGAAAUUCUUUCUGAUGACUACACCAAGCUUGUGUUUUUACAAAAUGAUCGUCAAGUGGAAUUUCAUGCUGCUGGUGGAGUUUAUCAUAAGCUGAGAAUACCAAAGUAUGGACGAGACAUGAAAUAUCAUUAUUCAUCUUGUGAUUUAUACGUUGUUGGUGCCAGCUCGGAUAUAUACCGAUUCAACUUAGAAAGAGGGCAGUUUUUGAAUUCACUGGUUACAGAAGCUUCUGAAAUUCAUAAAAUUGUUAUCAACCCAGUUCAUGACCUUAUUUGCGUUGGUACUAAAGAAGGUAAAGUUGAAGCCUGGGAUCCUCGAGUAAGAAACAAAGUUGGAAGCCUUGAUGUUGCUGCAAGCUGUCUUUCAGAAGAUACUCAAGUUGAUGGUUUUCCUUCAGUGACUAGCCUACAGUUUAAUGGUGCAUUAACAUUGGGUGUUGGUACAGCUACUGGCCAAGUUUUACUUUAUGAUCUAAGAUCUGAUAAACCAUUUCGUGUAAAGGAUCACAUGUAUGGCAAUCCUAUACUAGAUGUAGUAUUUCAUGAGGACUAUAUCUUAUCUAUGGAUAAGGCUAUUUUGAAAAUAUGGGAGAAAGAUAAUGGAAAACUUUAUACUUCUAUAGAGUCUGGUGAUUUUACUUUCAACAAUCUUUGUCAUGUUGCAAAAACAGGGCUCAUGUUUAUGGCUAAUGAAAGUCCAAAAAUAUAUUGCUAUUACAUCCCAUCCUUAGGGCCAGCUCCUAAAUGGUGUUCAUUCUUGGAUAACCUUACUGAAGAAUUAGAAGAGAGCAGGGUUGAAGAAAUUUAUGAUGAUUACAAGUUUGUUACUAAAAAAGAACUUGAAGAACUUAACUUAUCUCAUCUCAUUGGAACACAAAUGUUACGGGCUUAUAUGCAUGGUUAUUUCAUGAGUAUCAGGCUAUAUAACAAAGCUAAAUCUCUUUCUGAAUCAUUUAAUUAUGAGGCAUAUAAAAAGAAGAAGAUUAGAGAGAAAAUCCAAUCAGAAACAGAGUCUAGAAUUCAAAUAAAGGCUUUACCAAAAGUUAACAAAGAUUUGGCUUUGAAACUUAUUGAUGACUCUAGGAAACCAAAGAAAAAGAAUGGUGCUUCAUUAUUAGAGGAUGAUAGAUUCACGCAGUUGUUUGUUAAUCCAGAUUUCCAGAUUGAUCCUAAUACAGAAGAGUACAGGUUAUUGAAUCCUGUAAUAUCAAGAUUAGACAAAGGAAGGAAAAAGGAACUGGAACAAGAAUUGUUACAACAGCAAUUCCAGCAAGUUGAGGAGAAUGAAAAAUUGGAAGAAAAAGCAGGCUCUGAUGAGAGCUCUGAUUCUGAUGAUGACAUGGAUUGGGUUAAGGAAGUGAAAGCAGAGCACAAAAAAUUGAAGAGAGAGAAAGACAUGGAGGAGAGGAUGCAGCUGAUGGAGAACGGACCUAAGCUGUACGAGCUGAAGCCUGGUUCAGUCUACAAGACUGGUCAGGUGCGGGAGGAUCCUUUGGCCAAAUUAUCAUUGGCUCAAAGGCUUAAGAAAGAAAGUAAACACUCGAUAAGAGAAUUUAAUGCUGGAAAUAAAGAAAUUACUUUUAGUAUUAAAAAAAAAAAGGGAGCUAUGGAUCCUGAUACUAUUAAGAAACAUCGUCAAGAAAGGAGAGACACUGCACGACGUCCACCUACAAAGUUCAGGAUGCCUUCAAGAGUACCUCGUUUUAAACGAAGAAAAUAAUAUUAUUUUCAUACAUAUCUGUAUAUAUGUAAAUAAAUUCUACUUGUUUUU